AUGUCUCUAAAGCCAAUAUGGCACGCAAUUGUUGUUCCACCCUUGGUGGAAAAAAUUCAAAAAUAUGACCAUGAACAGCAGAAUGAUAAUUGUCGUAAACAAUUCGAACGCGGUGAACAAUAUCAGCUAUUGCGGUUACUUGUCCAUCAGCCUGACCCAUUACUAUCAUCUGGAGAAUUAAAACAGAGAAAAAUGGAAAUCAAUUAUCUCAAUGCUACGAAACAAUUUGUUCGCCGUCUACUCUCGGAGUUUCUCGGAACGUUGAUGUUAGUAUUAACUCAAGCAGGAUUGAAAAUUCAAGUGAGCCAACAACGGAUUACGAGUGAAAGUAAUGCCUUAGGAAACGGUCUGAUUAUUCUAUUUCUUAUUUACAGUCUCGGCGGUCGAUCCGGUGCUCAUUUUAAUCCGGUUGUUACACUUUGUUUCUCUUUGAGAUUUGUUUUUCCAUUCGUCUGGCUUCCAUUCUACAUCCUCGCUCAAUUUCUUGGAUCAAUCUGUGCGGCGUUCUUCCUUCGACUUCUAUUUCAAACAGAGUCUGUUCUUCGUUACGGAACAAAUUCAGUUGAUCCAUCAUUUGUGUCCAUUCUGAACGGAUUGCAAUGGGAAAUAUUUCUAACAUUUUGUCUUCUGCUGGUUGUAUUACAAACAGCUCAUCGAGGAGAAAUCAUAGGAUCUCAAGCAGCAAUUGCCGUUAGCGCUGUUAUCAUAUUCAAUGUACUUAUCGGUUCGACGACAAGUUCAGCAUCGAUGAAUCCAUUUCGAACACUGGGUCCCGCAUUGAUCAAUUCAAGUUCAGAUGGCAAUCGAAGUUUGUGGAUUUUCAUUAUUGGACCACUUGUUGGUGGUGUGUUGGCAUUAAUUGUUGUUGGGCUUCUGAAUGGAUUUAGGACAAAGAAAAGAAGCGAAUUCAAAAUGGCACAAGGUGGUGAUAACGAUGACAAAAAACUUAGAAUAAAUAACUUUAAUGACAAAAGUAUUAGUUAUAUCUAA